CUUGUAGCCAACACUGUUUAUUUGUGCGUGUUGCAGAAAUAGCAGAGAGAUCUUGCACAGAGCAGAUAAGAAGGGUGGUAUGAUGUUGUGGAGCGUAAUGCUGGGUUGCAGCUCACGAAGAGGAGGAAGCUGCUAUCUGGGAUGGCUUAUGACCUUAACCCUGACCCUGCCUCUGGCCUCCCUACAGAUGGACCGCCAUGGACACCAAGGACACCCCCUCCAUCCUCACCACCAGGCCACCAGAGGGGCUCGCCCCAAGCUACUGCUGCUGUCCUUCGAUGGGUUCCGCUGGGACUACGUGGACCGUGUCCCCACCCCUAACUUCCAUGCCCUGAUGGAGGAAGGGUCAAUAGUUGAGCAGGUUGAGAACACCUACAUCACCAAAACCUUCCCUGACCACUACACCCUGGUCACCGGGCUGCAUGCCGAGACGCAUGGCAUCGUGGGUAACGAGAUGUACGACCCAGACCUUAACGCCUCCUUCUCCAUGGAGACGCAUAGCGCCUACGAGCCACGCUGGUGGGCUGGGGCAGAGCCUCUGUGGGUGACCAAUCAGAAGCAGGGUGGGCGGAGCGGCGGGGUGAUGUGGCCGGGGUCGGACGUGGAGAUCGGGGGGGCGUACCCGUCACGCUACCUUCCGUACAACGCAUCGCUGAGCUUCGAGAGGCGCGUGGAGACUAUGGUAGCCUGGCUGAUGGGGGAGAGGCCAGGGGAGGGGGUUCGGUCUGUGCAGGGGGGUGUGGACUUUGGCGUGUUAUACUGGGAGGAGCCUGACGAGAGCGGUCACAACCUGGGCCCAGAGAACCCUCUAAUGGACGCGGUCAUUGCUGAUAUUGACGACAAGCUGGGCUUCCUCCGCAAUGAGCUGCGCAAGAUGGGUCUGUACGAAAGUGUGAACCUGAUUGUGACCAGUGAUCAUGGCAUGACUCAGCUCUCCAAAGACAAGGUGAUUGAGCUGGACCAAUACCUGGACAGAGACCUCUACACCUGGGUGGACAAGAGUCCUGUGGUGGGGAUACUGCCUAGAGAUGGUAAGUUAGAGGAGGUGUACAGUGCGCUGGUUGAGGCCAAUCCCAACAUGGUGGUGUAUAGGAGGGAGCAGAUCCCCGAGCGUCUCCACUACCGUCACAACAACCGGAUCAUGCCCAUAAUUAUCGAGGCCAAGGAGGGCUGGACCAUCACCCAGAACAGAACCACAGGACCACACAUGUUGGGUAACCACGGCUACGACAACACCCUACCCAGCAUGCAUCCUGUCUUGGUGGCGCGUGGCCCCGCCUUCCGUCAGGACUACGUGAAGAGUUCCAUGCGUUCCGUUGACCUCUACCCUCUCAUGUGUCACAUCCUGUCUGUCCGGCCCCGCCCCAACAAUGGUUCUCUAGCCCGGGUUAUGGACCUCCUCUCCGAGCCCUCCCCACCCACACACUCCACACCGCUGGAGGGCAGAUACCAGCCUUCCUUCGCCACCGCCCUGGGCGUGGUCCUGGGGGUUGUCAUGGUGACAGGGUUCCUGGUGGUUAUCGUCAAACAGAUGACGCUCCGACAACUACCCAGCAGGCAGAGCGAGAUGGCCCAGCCGCUAUUACUUGAAGAACUACAGCUUUAGAGGAGAGGAGAAGAGAGGAGAGGGAGUUAGGAGAAGAGAGAGAGAGAGAGGAGGAGAGGGAGUUAGGAGAAGAGAGAGAGAGAGAGAGAGGAGGAGAGAAGAAAGUAGAAGGAGAGGAGAAGAUGAGAGUUGGCUCCGUACACCGGUAAAGGACAGUAGCUUCAGUGUGGUGGUGGAGGAGGAGGAGAGGAUAAAGUGUGGCUUUGUUCUGAUGGUUAUCUAGUUGUUUAUCUCAUCAGAGAGGAGCAGUCAUAAUAACAAUAAGAACCAAUAGUACACUGGACACCAAAGCAUAAUAAGUGAGUAAAUCUAGUAUGUGGUUGAGUUGUUCUGCUAAGCUGUACAGUGACUCAGAGGUUUUAGACCACUGUGGGAUCUGAGUUCAGUUAGUCAGGCUGUUGCUUUCAGUCUUCAAUAGAUCCAUGACUACCGCGUUACUGCUUUAGUCCAUGUUGUUGUUGUCAUGACUACCACGUUACUACUUUAGUCCAUGUUGUUGUCGUCAUGACUACCACGUUACUGCUUUAGUCCAUAUAGUUGUCGUCAUGACUACCACGUUACUGCUUUAGUCCAUGUUGUUGUUGUCAUGACUACCGCGUUACUGCUUUAGUCCAUGUUGUUGUUGUCAUGACUACCACGUUACUGCUUUAGUCCAUGUUGUUGUUGUCAUGACUACCGCGUUACUGCUUUAGUCCAUGUUGUUGUUGUCAUGACUACCACGUUACUACUUUAGUCCAUAUAGUUGCCGUCAUGACUACCAUGUUACUGCUUUAGUCCAUAUAGUUGUCGUCAUGACUACCACGUUACUGCUUUAGUCCAUAUAGUUGUCGUCAUGACUACCACGUUACUGCUUUAGUCCAUAUAGUUGUCGUCAUGACUACCACUUUAGUCCAUACAGUUGUCGUCAUGACUACCACGUUACUACUUUAGUCCAUGUUGUUGUUGUCAUGACUACCAUGUUACUACUUUAGUCCAUAUAGUUGCCGUCAUGACUACCAUGUUACUGCUUUAGUCCAUGUUGUUGUCGUCAUGACUACCACGUUACUGCUUUAGUCCAUAUAGUUGUCGUCAUGACUACCACGUUACUGCUUUAGUCCAUAUAGUUGUCGUCAUGACUGCCACGUUACUGCUUUAGUCCAUGUUGUUGUCGUCAUGACUACCACCUUUACUACUUUAGUCCAUAUAGUUGUCGUCAUGACUACCACGUUACUGCUUUAGUCCAUGUUGUUGUCGUCAUGACUACCACGUUACUGCUUUAGUCCAUACAGUUGUCGUCAUGACUGCCACGUUACUGCUUUAGUCCAUGUUGUUGUCGUCAUGACUACCACGUUACUGCUUUAGUCCAUACAGUUGUCGUCAUGACUGCCACGUUACUGCUUUAGUCCAUACAGUUGUCGUCAUGACUACCACGUUACUGCUUUAGUCCAUACAGUUGUAGUCAUGACUACCACGUUACUGCUUUAGUCCAUACAGUUGUAGUCAUGACUACCACGUUACUACUUUAGUCCAUAUAGUUGUAGUCAUGACUACCACGUUACUGCUUUAGUCCAUACAGUUGUAGUCAUGACUACCACGUUACUGCUUUAGUCCAUACAGUUGUAGUCAUGACUACCACGUUACUACUUGUUCCUGUUCAGUACUUACAGUCAUCCUCUACUUCAUCAUCUUUCUAUUAUAUAAUGUUAUUAUAUGUGCAAUAAUGUUGUUUUAUAUAUGUUACUGUCUGUAGGGGGCGUGUUUCUGUACAGACGCAUGUGUCAUAAACCACUAACCAUUCAGGGCUUGACAUUCAGGUACAUUUGUCAGUGGCACACCCUUGCCAGUACCAAGUGGAAAACUACUUUCCCCAAUGAGAAAAUGACUGGCUGGGCCAAGUUAUGCACACACAAUUUGAAACAUGGGUGAUUUCAUGUUUCAUUUGCAGUCUGGGAAAGUACCUUUUUUAAAUUUCUAUAUAGCCAACUGUACAAUCUGAUAUUUACACGGGUUGUUUGGAGAACAAAAGUAAAGCCACCCCUCUCAGUGAUGACAUAUAGCCUCAACCUUUAAAUGUCAUAAAUUAGCCCAAUAACAUAUUGAUGAAAUGUAAUAUCUUCAGGGCCUAUAUAGUAAAUGGUGCUUAUUAGAGGCCGGUACGCUAUUUUAACAAUAAGCAUUAUCACCUGUAGCCUGAUACAGCAUGGUGACUACAUGGUGACUACAUGGUGACUACAUGGUGACUACAUGGUCUCCUGUCUGAUACAGCAUGGUGACUACAUGGUGACUACAUGGUGACUACAUGGUGGCUACAUGGUGACUACAUGGUGGCUACAUGGUCUCCUGUCUGAUACAGCAUGGUGACUACAUGGUGACUACAUGGUGACUACAUGGUCUCCUGUCUGAUACAGCAUGGUGACUACAUGGUGACUACAUGGUGGCUACAUGGUGGCUACAUGGUGGCUACAUGGUGACUACAUGGUCUCCUGUCUGAUACAGCAUGGUGACUACAUGGUGACUACAUGGUGGCUACAUGGUGGCUACAUGGUGGCUACAUGGUGACUACAUGGUGGCUACAUGGUGACUACAUGGUCUCCUGUCUGAUACAGCAUGGUGACUACAUGGUGACUACAUGGUCUCCUGUCUGAUACAGCAUGGUGACUACAUGGUGACUACAUGUGACUACAUGGUCUCCUGUCUGAUACAGCAUGGUGACUACAUGGUGACUACAUGGUCUCCUGUCUGAUACAGCAUGGUGACUACAUGGUGACUACAUGGUGGCUACAUGGUGACUACAUGGUCUCCUGUCUGAUACAGCAUGGUGACUACAUGGUGACUACAUGGUGGCUACAUGGUGGCUACAUGGUGACUACAUGGUGACUACAUGGUCUCCUGUCUGAUACAGCAUGGUGACUACAUGGUCUCCUGUCUGAUACAGCACGGUGACUACAUGGUGACUACAUGGUCUCCUGUCUGAUACAGCACGGUGACUACAUGGUCUCCUGUCUGAUACAGCAUGGUGACUACAUUGUGACUACAUAGUGACUACAUGGUCUCCUGUCUGAUACAACAUGGUGACUACAUGGUGACUACAUGGUGACUACAUGGUCUCCUGUCUGAUACAGCAUGGUGACUACAUGGUGACUACAUGGUGACUACAUGGUGACUACAUGGUCUCCUGUCUGAUACUACAUGGUGACUACAUGGUGACUACAUGGUGACUACAUGGUCUCCUGUCUGAUACAGCAUGGUGACUACAUGGUCUCCUGUCUGAUACAGCACGGUGACUACAUGGUCUCCUGUCUGAUACAGCAUGGUGACUACAUGGUGACUACAUGGUGACUACAUGGUCUCCUGUCUGAUACAGCAUGGUGACUACAUGGUGACUACAUGGUGACUACAUGGUGACUACAUGGUGACUACAUGGUGACUACAUGGUCUCCUGUCUGAUACAGCAUGGUGACUACAUGGUGACUACAUUGUCUCCUGUCUGAUACCAAUAGACUGGGCUUAUUAGAACACAGCAGUUAGGAAUGUUGCCCAGUGACUGGGCUUAUUAGAACACAGCAGUUAGGAAUGUUGCCCAGUGACUGGGCUUAUUAGAACACACUUCUUUCCACCCAGCUGAGGAGUUGAGAGCUCUCGCCAUCUGACAGUUGAUAUUCAGCUGAUAAAUAAACCACAUAGCUCAUCUGGAAUGUAAAUCUGUUUUUUUUAACAAUUAUUUGUGUGUGUGUGUGUGUGUGUGUAAAAUAUAUAUAUAUAUAUUUACACUACCGUUCAAAAGUUUGGAGUCACAUAGAAAUGUAUUUUGUUUUUUAAAGAAAAGCACAUUUGUUUUGUACCUUUUUUAAAUGACAUCAAAUUGAUCAGAAAUACAGUGUAGACAUGACUAUUGUAGCUGGAAACGGCCUUCUAGGCAGAGUUCCUCUGUCCAGUGUCUGUGUUCUUUUGCCCAUCUUAAUAUUUUAUUUUUAUUGGCCAGUCUGAGAUAUGGCUUUUCUUUGCAACUCCCGGAGUCUCCUCUUCACUGUUGACGUUGAGACUGGACAGAGGAACUCUGCCUAGAAGGCCAGCAUCCCGGAGUCUCCUCUUCACUGUUGACGUUGAGACUGGACAGAGGAACUCUGCCUAGAAGGCCAGCAUCCCGGAGUCACCUCUUCACUGUUGACGUUGAGACUGGACAGAGGAACUCUGCCUAGAAGGGCAGCAUCCCAGAGUCGCCUCUUCACUGUUGACGUUGAGACUGGUCAGAGGAACUCUGCCUAGAAGGGCAGCAUCCCGGGUCUCCUCUUCACUGUUGACGUUGAGACUGGACAGAGGAACUCUGCCUAGAAGGGCAGCAUCCCAGAGUCGCCUCUUCACUGUAGACGUUGAGACUGGUCAGAGGAACUCUGCCUAGAAGGCCAGCAUCCCGGAGUCACCUCUUCACUGUAGACGUUGAGACUGGACAGAGGAACUCUGCCUAGAAGGCCAGCAUCCCAGAGUCACCUCUUCACUGUUGACGUUGAGACUGGACAGAGGAAGUCUGCCUAGAAGCUCAACUCCCGGAGUCUCCUCUUCACUGUUGAUGUUGAGACUGGACAGAGGAACUCUGCCUAAAAGGCCAGACACCCAGAGUCUCCUCUUCACUGUUGACGUUGAGACUGGACAGAGGAACUCUGCCUAGAAGGCCAGCAUCCCGGAGUCGCCUCUUCACUGUUGACGUUGAGACUGGACAGAGGAACUCUGCCUAGAAGGCCAGCAUCCCAGAGUCACCUCUUCACUGUUGACGUUGAGACUGGUGUUUUGCGGGUACUAUUUAAUGAAGCUGCCAGUUGAGGACUCAUGAGGCGUCUGUUUCUCAAACUAGACACUCUAAUGUACUUGUUCAGUUGUGCACCCGGGACCUCCCACUCUUUCUAUUUUGGUUAGAGCCAGUUUGCGCUGUUCUGUGAAGGGAGCAGUACACAACGUUGUACAAGAUCUUCAGUUUCUUGGCAAUUUCUCACAUGAAAUAGCCAUCAUUUCUCAGAACAAAAAUAGACUGACGAGUUUCCUUGCGUCAGGUCCUGAGGUACAGGCAGUUAGAUUUGGGUCGGAUCCUUGAGUUUUUUUUAUUUUUAACAAUGUCUACACUUCAAUUUGAUACUUUAAUGGGCAAAAAAUUUGCUUUUCUUUCAUAAACAAGGACAUUUCUAAGUGACCCCAAACUUGUGUUACAGAAUAACAUUAUUACAAUAUUAUUUGUCCUUUUUUUUCUAACAAGUGAUUUCUGUAAAGAUGUCUCGAUAAGCAAGCAGCUACGCAGUGUAGUUCUAGUUCUAGGUAAACCAAGCAAGCAGCUACGCAGUGUAGUUCUAGUUCUAGGUAAACCAAGCAAGCAGCUACGCAGUGUAGUUCUAGUUCUAGGUAAACCAAGCAAGCAGCUACGCAGUGUAGGCCUAGUUCUAGGUAAACCAAGCAAGCAGCUACGCAGUGUAGUUCUAGUUCUAGGUAAACCAAGCAAGCAGCUACGCAGUGUAGUUCUAGUUCUAGGUAAACCAAGCAAGCAGCUACGCAGUGUAGGCCUAGUUCUAGGUAAACCAAGCAAGCAGCUACGCAGUGUAGGCCUAGUUCUAGGUAAACCAAGCAAGCAGCUACGCAGUGUAGUUCUAGUUCUAGGUAAACCAAGCAAGCAGCUACGCAGUGUAGUUCUAGUUCUAGGUAAACCAAGCAAGCAGCUACGCAGUGUAGUUCUAGUUCUAGGUAAACCAAGCAAGCAGCUACGCAGUGUAGUUCUAGUUCUAGGUAAACCAAGCAAGCAGCUACGCAGUGUAGGCCUAGUUCUAGGUAAACCAAGCAAGCAGCUACGCAGUGUAGGCCUAGUUCUAGGUAAACCUUUCCUUGCUAAUAAUGAUAUGAAAUAAUACUGACGAUCAGGGGGAGGACUUUUUUCAAAUACUGCCUCCGCUGAGAAGGGUCUGACGCGAGUAUCUAGGCCAUACUGUGACGGGGCUUACUCCAGAUGGAAUUUCAGGCUUUGCCUCAGCUUGGAAACCAAAUGCUGGUUGAUAACAAGUGUGAAUCGUCAGACGUCAGGAAGAUUGUCAAGGAUUAAAUCCAAAUAUAAAUAAUUAUUUUCUGUUUUUGUAGUUUGGAAAUGUACUGGGCCAAAUGGGUCAUGUGAAAGCUUGAUUUAAUUGGCCCGGUGAGCUUGGCAGAAGUUGCCAGCUCGCAGACCUGAAUGUCAAGCCCCGCCCAUUAGUUGGUGAUGUCAUAACCAUUCGCUGGUGAAAAAUUGCUAUAUGUUUUAAGGACUGUGAUGUGUGAAGUGCAAUAGGUUUUAAGGACUAGGAGGGAUUCUGAAUAAUAUGUGUAAUUCUUAACUUUUCUGUGUUGAUAGUUGACUACUGAGUUGUGCGGUCUGAGAGGCCAUUUUGCGCUAAAUGAACUGAAUCGUGAUGAAGGGGGAGCAGUGCGAUGAAGUGCUAUGUAGGACAUGUAUGUUUUUGCACUCUUUAUUUACAGAGCCUUUGGAAAGUAUUCAGACCCCCUUGACUUUUCCACAUUUUGUUACGUUACAGCCUUCUAAAAUGGAUUAAAUAACUUUUUUUUUUUUUUUUUUUUUUUUUUCAUGUAGUAACCAACCACUUGUCCAGCUAAUUAUCAAUUCAUUCAUUCAGCUGUUAUAUCAUCAUCAUCAUCACCAUCAUCAUCGUCACCUUACCAGGGGUUCCGGCAAUGGCAAAUAAAAUUAAUUAACUAUUUUAAUUAUUAUUAUUAUUUUAUUUUUUUAAUGUGAUUUUAUUGCAGAAGACCUGUUCAGUAAAAGUGACCUUAUCAUUCAGCCAGGUCUGUGGGUAUCUAGGUGUUCGGGCAGGCAGCACCUACAUGAUUAGACAAUCCCCUUCUAAAGUUUCCACAAACACAGGUUUGCUGCUCACUAAACAACUAAACAACCUCCUUUAAAAAAUUGUUUUAACCUUUAUUUAACUAAGCAAGUCAGUUAAGAACCAAUUCUUCUCUACAAUGACAGCCUAGCCCGGCUAAACACUAACAACACUGGGUCAAUUGUGCACCGCACUUAGAGACUCCCAUUCACAACCAGUUGUGAUACAGCCUGGAAUCAAACCAGGGUCUGUAGUGAUGCCUCUAGCACUGAGAUGCAGUGCCUUAGACCGCUGUGCCACUAGGAAUCUCCUUCUAAAGGCUGGUUUCAACAAACCCAGGCUGAAGUUCACUAAACAAUCUAAUAAUACUACUACAGAAGCACACUUCAGAGGAAAUUGAGGACUUAAAAGCUGCAGUUCGUAAUGCAAACAGCAACAAACCUCUUCUGGUGAGAUACGACAGUUGAACAUUGGGCAUUUAUGAGUGAUAUUCUUUAAGAAUCAAAGGCAAUAUCAUUCAGCUAAAAGUCCCCCCCAAAAAAUAGAUGUACAAAGACCUAAUGUAAUUGCAAGAGGCUGAACAUAUACAGUGCCUUGCGAAAGUAUUCGGCCCCCUUGAACUUUGCGACCUUUUGCCACAUUUCAGGCUUCAAACAUAAAGAUAUAAAACUGUAUUUUUUUGUGAAGAAUCAACAACAAGUGGGACACAAUCAUGAAGUGGAACGACAUUUAUUGGAUAUUUCAAACUUUUUUAACUAAUCAAAAAAACUGAAAAAUUGGGCAAAAUCCCCACAAGGAUAGUAAAAAGUUAUUGUGGCAAAAGGUUGCAAAGUUCAAGGGGGCCGAAUACUUUCGCAAGGCACUGUAGAAUCCACAGAGGAACCUUUGACUGAGAAAACAUGGCCGUUUUUUCUCCACUGUCUGAGCUCGUUUGCUGUCCUUAGAGGCGAUAACAACAGUCACAACAUCAAAAAUACAUGCAACUGGACCGAACGAGGGAACGUUUGACUUGGAAGGUUCUCCAUUAAUCAGCCACCAACAAAGUACAUCUCACAUUAAUCAUAAAUAUUAAUAGUUGAUAUUUCCACCUAUUGAAUCUCUGUGUUUACAGGUCUGUAUUUCCAAGACAAACUUGUGGGCUCCUGAGUGGUGCUGUGGUCUAAGGCACUGCAUCUCAGUGCUAGUGGUGUCACUACAGACACCCUGGUUCAAAUCCUGACUGUAUCACAACCAUCUGUGAUUGGGAGUCCCAUAGUGUGGUGAACAAUUGGCCCAGCUUUGUUAGGGUUUUGGCUGGGGUAGGCCAUCAUUGCAAAUAAGAAUUUGGUCUUAACUGACUUGCCUAGUAAAAUAAAAAAAGAUAUCCUACUGCCAUUUGUGUAUGUAGGGCAGACAAUUGUCCACAUUUUAGCAAAGCCUGCAAUAUUGGGUUACAUUAUGUCUCUCCCCCUCUAGCCAGACAUUAUUCUGCAGUUUUUGAGUUUAGGUGGUGUGUCAUAAUAUCUAUUUUUUGUAGAUUUUUUUUUUUUUUUACAUAUUGUGUAAAAUUGCUCUCAAGUGCUCUCGAGAGGCUAGAUGUUCUUUACCAUUCGGACAUCAGAUUUGCCACCAAUGCCCCUUAUAGGACACAUCACUGCACUCUAUACUCCUCUGUAAACUGGUCAUCUCUGUAAACCCGUUGCAAGACCCACUGGUUGAUGCUUAUUUAUAAAACCCUCUUAGGCCUCACUCCACCCUAUCUGAAAAAAAAUUCCUCAUCAAUCUAGACCCAAUAUCCCAUAUUGACAUCACAAUACCCCAUAAUGACAUCACAAUACCCCAUAAUGACAUCACAAUACCCCAUAAUGACUUCACAAUAUCCCAUCAAUCUACGCACUAUACCCCAUAAUGACAUCACAAUACCCCAUAAUGACAUCACAAUACCCCAUAAUGACAUCACAAUAUCCCAUAAUGACAAACUAAAAACAGUUUUUCUGAAAUGUUUGCAAAUUUAUAAAAAAGCAACAAAUGAAAACAUUUACGUAAGUAUUCAGACCCCUUUACUCAGUACUUUGUUGAAGCACCUUUGGCAGCGAUUACAACCUCGAGUCUUCUUGGGUAUGACUUGCCUAGUUAAAUAAAGGUUAAACAUAUAUUUAUAAAAUCAAGCUUGGCACCCCUGUAUUUGAGGAGUUUCUCCCAUUCUUCUCUGCAGAUCCUCUCAAGCUCUGUCAGGUUGGAUGGGGAGUGUCGCUGCACAGCUAUUUUCACGUCUCUCCAGAGAUGUUUGAUCGGGUUCAAGUCCAGGCUCUUGCUGGGCCACUAAAGGACAUUCAGAGACUUGUCCUGUUGGAAGGUGAACCUUCGCCCCAGUCUGAGGACCUGAACGCUCUGGAGCAGGUUUUCAUCAAGGAUUUCUCUGUACUUUGCUCCGUUCAUCUUUGCCUCGAUCAUGACUAGUCUCCCAGUCCCUGCCGCUGAAAAACAUCCCCACAGCAUGAUGCUGCCACCAACAUGCUUCACCGUAGGGAUGGUGCCAGGUUUCCUCCACACGUGACGCUUGGCAUUCAGGCCAAGGAGUUCAUUCUUGGUUUCAUCAGACCAGAGAAUCUUGUUUCUCAUGGUCUGAGAGUCCUUUAGGUGCCUUUGGCAAACUCUAAACGGGCUGUCGUGUGCCUUUUACUUAGGCGUGGCUUCCGUCUGGCCACUCUACCAUAAAGGCCUGAUCGGUGGAGUGCUGCAGAGAUGGUUGUCCUUCUGGAAGGUUCUCCCAUCUCCACAGAGGAACUCUGGAGCUCUGUCAGAGUGACCGUCUGGUUCUUUGUCGCCUCCCUGACCAAGGACCUUCUCCCCUGAUUGCUCAGUUUAGGAAGAGUCUUGGUGUUUCCAAACUUCCAUUUAAGAAUGAUGGAGGCCACUGUGUCCUUGGGGACCUUCAAUGCUGCAGAAAUGUUUUGGGGACCUUCCCCAGAUCUGUGCCUCGACACAAUCCUGUCUCGGAGCUCUACGGACAGUUCCUUGAACCUCAUGACUUGGUUUUUGCUCUGACAUGUACUGACAACUGUGGGACCUUUUAUGUAGACAGGUGUGUGACUUUCCAAAUCAUGUCCAAUCAAUUGAAUUGACCACAGGUGUACUACAAUUAAGUUGUAGAAACAUCAAGGAUGAUCAAUGGAAACAAGAUGUCUGAAUACUUUUGUUUUUGCUUUGUCAUUAUGAGGUAUUAUGUGUAGAUUGAUGGGGAUUGUUUGUUGUUUUAAUCCAUUAUAGAAUAAGGCUGUAACGUAACAAAAUAUGGAUAAAGUCACUGGGUCUGAAUACAUUCCGAAAGCUCUGCUUUUUGAUGUUGAUAACUGAUAGGUGCCUCCUGCCAAAAUGUAUUCAAAGAGUUGACAGCUUCCUACUCUGCCUUUUAUUGUAUUGAUACUGUAAAUCAUUGUAGUAGAUUUAUUUAAUUCUGAUUUAUUGAGUGGUAGAAAAUGUCCUUUGUGCGAUUUUCGUUGAUUGAUUGAUAAAAUAGACAACUUCACUGUGAUGUAAUAAAUAAGGAAACGUAGUCAGACUUUUUUCCAACAUUUAUUUUACAACAAUUAUUGUCAAUCUACACACAAUGAACAGUGUUUUUAGAAAAGAAAAAAAGAAAUAAAAUGUAUUAAAAAAUAAAAACAGAAAUAUUUACAAAAUGUGAUUAAUAUUAAUUUGAUCUAAUAUUAAUAAAAAGGAUAUCUCAGUCUAGCGUUUUAUGAUAUCUUAUAUCUUAUAUUAUAUCUUACAGUAUUAGAGGUGUUGUAACUAAUGAGGUUAAAGAGGUGUUGCAUUUAAUGAGGUUUGUUAAAGAGAUGUAAUUAAUGAGGUAUGAUAAAGAUGUUGUAAUUAGUUAUGUACAUUAAAAGGAGAAUCUGG